AUGUCAGGCAACACCAUGAGAGGGACGCCCAACCGUAACCAGGGCAGGGGCAACAUCCCCUUCACCACCAACAGUCCGGCCAAUUCCAACAUCCCUCGCCCAGUUCUGGAUAGCCAGCCUAGUGAGACGAGCUCCUCUGUCAGUGCCAGUCGGCAGAAGCAGUCCAAGCGUGAUGAGGCUAUCCGCAGGAAAAUGGAGAACGAUCUCUCCAAGAAGAAGCACUUAACGAAUCGCGCCAGACAUUCUCGCAAAGCCCCUCCGGGCACUGUGCUGGCCCUCAAGCCAAGCCAGGCUUUGCAGAUCAAGCCCCAAACCACCGUAUCCGAGGCUGCCCAGCUCAUGGCUGCGAAACGAGAGGACUGUGUACUGGUUACUGACGAUGAUGAUCGUAUUGCUGGUAUCUUCACCGCCAAGGAUCUUGCCUUCCGUGUGGUUGGAGCUGGACAUAAGGCGGCCAAUGUCACCAUCGCCGAAAUCAUGACCAAGAACCCACUCUGCGCUAGAACCGAUACGAGUGCUACAGACGCCCUAGAUCUCAUGGUUCGAAAAGGAUUCCGUCACUUGCCCGUGAUGGAUGAGAAUCAGGACAUUUCUGGUGUGUUGGAUAUUACAAAAUGCUUCUACGAUGCCAUGGAGAAGUUGGAGCGAGCAUAUUCUUCUUCAAGAAAGCUCUAUGAUGCCUUGGAAGGUGUUCACUCGGAGCUUGGAGCUUCCCAACCCCAGCAGAUUAUUCAGUAUGUCGAGGCACUUCGAUCCAAAAUGUCGGGGCCGACUCUUGAAUCCGUCCUGAACGGCAUUCCCCCAACUACCGUUAGUGUCAGGACUUCAGUCAAGGAGGCUGCAGCCCUGAUGAAGGAGAAUCACACCACUGCCGUCCUGGUACAAGAUGGAGGCGCCAUCACUGGUAUUUUCACUAGCAAGGAUGUCGUUUUGCGUGUAAUUGCUCCUGGUCUUGAUCCCGCAAACUGUAGCGUUGUCCGAGUCAUGACGCCUCAUCCGGAUUUCGCCCCCAUGGAUAUGACCAUCCAAGCAGCCCUGCGCAAGAUGCAUGAUGGCCACUAUCUUAAUCUACCCGUUAUGAAUGACGGUGGAGAGAUCGUUGGCAUGGUUGAUGUCCUCAAGCUGACUUAUGCCACUCUGGAGCAAAUCAACACCAUGUCUAGUGGAGAUGGUGAAGGUCCUGCCUGGAACAAGUUUUGGCUCUCAAUUGAUCAUGAGACGGAAUCAAUGAUGUCUGGCGAAGGCAGCCACAGCCAUCAUCACACCAACCUCGGAUCUCGCAUGAUGUCUCCUGAUGUGACUAGGGAGCGCCUCGGAGACAGUGUGGCUCCUGGCGAUUCUGCAUCUCAUGUCGGCAUCGACUCGCCUCCACGAUCUAUUGCGCCUGAGAUCCCGGAACAGAAUCCAGCAGAAGUCCCGUUCCCAUUCAAGUUCAAGGCCCCGUCAGGCCGAGUACAUCGCCUGCAGGUGGUGGCUGCCCAGGGUAUUGAGGCCUUUGUUGCCGCUGUAGCGGCUAAGCUGGGCAACGAGGUCGAUGCAAUUGGAGGUGUCCCAGUUGUGGAGGAAGGCAAAAUGAGUGGCAGCGGGUUCGCUCUCAGCUAUAUGGAUAACGAAGGCGACACGGUCUCCAUUACUACCGACAAUGACCUACUUGAAGCCAUCCUUCUGGCUCGUCAAAGCCGUCACGAGAAGGUUGAUCUCUACGCCCAUGAUCCUGAGAAACCACCUGUCGCACCGCCCGCACCCGUUGAGACGCCAGUCAUCCCCACCCCGCCAACCUCUACAGCCUCUGGUCUCCGUGAACGCCGAAGAGCCUACGAUGACGACGAGGAUGAGGACGAGGAUGACGAUGACGAAGAUGGAGCCCCAGUCCGACGCUCGCGACGGACGAGAAACGCGCAUGCUCAAGACCAGAUUAUUGCUGGAGUACCUAAUGAUCUUCUGCUUCCUGGUGCCAUUGUGACAUUGGCAGUGGUCAUUGUUGGUGUUUUUACAAUUGCAAGGGCAACCAGCAGGUAA